AUGUACAUACUGAUGCUACUGUUUCUCUCCGGAGCUGGUGGUGACUGGGUGGAGAUAUCACAGAAUCAUUACCGCAAUGAAAACCCAAAGCCGUUUACAAGGCGCGUUGAAGCGGACGAAAGGACCACAGCUAUAGCUGUGUACAGGAAUCAUUCAGUACUGGAAAAACAUAAGAAAAUAGGUGUUGUGGAUAGAGUGCAAAAUGUAGCUAACAUUAAGAGGGUUCAUAUCCCUAGUGUUAAAACUACUUCCAUUCCCAAAGAUAAAAUCAUAUUGAACAGCAGAGCCACUCAUGAACAGAAACACAGCCACUUGGAGUCGAAACUUAACGUGGCUCAUCAUCAUCAAUCAUCACUCAGCAGAUAUCAUGAAGAAGAGUUACCGAGCAACACUGAUCACAGACAUACAGAACAUUCAUUCGAAAAAAACUCAGACGAGUCUUCAUUUCCCAAUGUUCAUAUUACACAAAACACUAAAAUAGACAGACAACAAACUGUAACCGUACCUUUGUCAACAAAUACAAUAAAUAAAGAAAAUUUAUUUGGAAAUGUAAAUAACGAAAAACCGAUAUCACCAACCUAUUCAGUUAAUCCAACACGUAAAACGAUAUAUUUUGACAAGUCAAGGACAUCCACAACGGUAAAGCCACCAAUCACUUAUCAAGAAAAAGUUAAUAAAAUUAGUGAUGAAGAUCAAAAAGAAAGUUUAACUGAAAAGCCGUUCGUAAGAGAUACAACGAAGCAACCACCUCUUCGCCGAAUUAAUAUUUCACCUGAAAAAAAUACACAAAAACCUCAGGAUAAUAUUAAAGACUUUGAUGAACAUGAUGAAAAUCAACAAAAACAUUACAAUAUGAACAAAGAAGAGCAACAAGUUAACACCAACUCAGAGGAAAUAUCUCACAAAACCAAAGGGAAUACUAUGAACACCGUGUGGAAGCUAGUGAAAACUUUGUGUUCAUCCACAGAAGAUCAUGUUGACCGUACAUGGCCGGACGAGGAGGAGCGUCCCUCACGCCGCGCCCGGGACACGGGCCGCGGACACGUUGAGUUCCCGUCUUCAGAAGGCGCUCUCAUGUCCAUAUCAUUUUUAACGUUCGCCGUAUUCCUCAUCAAAUUAGUGUUGCAAGUGAUCCAUACUUACAAGAACAAAACGAUGAUGGUGACUCCGGCUGUUGUGACGGCGGUAGGCCGAGCUGCUGCGGCUAUGAAAUCAAAAAAUCCUUAA